AUGUCAUCGCCCAUUUAUGAGUACAACAGCGGACCAUUGCCCUCGAUGCCGCUGUACGAUGAGGAAACAAAUGAGUUCAAGCCUCCCACUGAUCAGCACAUCAGAGUGAAGUCUGAACCCAUUGCAGAAACUGAUUUUAAGGAACCGAAGUGCAGCGAUAAAUACGAGGAACCUCAACCCGUCACGGAUUAUGAAGAGGAUUUGCAUGGCUUUUCGUCGGGCGACGACCCCGAGAUCAGCGAUGAGGAGGAAAGUGCGCAAAUGAUUCAUCCUUUUAGCAAGCGAAAGGCUGCUUGGUUGAAGUUCACAUUGGGCACGGGUGAGGUGCCCUUUCGUUAUGGCAAAGAAUCGCCGGGCAGUUUCUGUGAUUACUCCGUUGAGGCAGAGGCAGCGGCAGCGGCAACCCCAGGCAGCGAGUUCUACGAGGAUGGUGUCAGCGGUGGGCAGCAUCCCAAAGAGACGCACAUUUUUCAGGUGAUCAAACAGCAGGAAAUAUUCGAGCAGUACGAGCAAACCUUUCGCGCGGUUUUCUCCAUGGUUGAGCAGAGCUGCAGCCACUUCAGGUUCGACCUGCAUCAGCUGCUGUAUCCCUUGUUGACGCUGACUUAUCUGCAAAUGGUCGCCAGCGACAAUGCGAAUGGUGCCAUGAGCUUCUUGAGAAACUGCGGCAAGUGCUUGGCCGAUGCCUCGUACAAGUCGCGGCUGGCAACGCUCGCAAAAAUACAGCAACCCGAGGCUGUGCCAGCCAAGGCGCGUUUGCUGCUGAAUGGACACGAGAAGGUGAAGAUUUUCAUGUCACGCGGCGCCUACAGGCGGAGUGUGUGCUGCAGCUGGCGAGGCUGCCUUAUUGGCAGCAGGAUAAGAUCCUCGGACACUUUCACAUUCGCAGCUACGACGAGGCAAAGCUGCCGCUGCAGCGUUUGCGCCUUGGGAAAUCCCCCGCUGAAGAUCAUGGUGUGGACUGGCAAGCACGAGCAAUCAUCGCCCAUUGCUGCCGCCGGUCGUCACCGCAAGCGAGAUGUCGCUGGACACUUCAGUGUGCCCUUCAAGCGGCAGUUGUGCACUCCAGCACCCAGUCUGAAGGAUGAGAUCAAACGCAGGACACACGAGCAGCAGCGCGAGAUGCUGCAUCGCGAGCGCCUGCCCUCGGUCUAUCUGUACACGGCCGGGGCCGGCGAGGAGCGCAUUCUCUGCGCGGAUUUCUCGGCGAACUACGAGAUGCUGGCCCUGGGCACAAGCAACUCGCUGUUGCAAGUCUUCUCGGUGGAUAGCUCGAAGCUGCUGGAGGAAUUGACACUCAUCACGGGCCGUGCGGACAUUAAAAACCGCAAACGCACUUUGUGUGGCCAUCAGAAAGCUGUCUACGGCUGCUCCUUCGGCCCGGAUGAUCGCUAUUUGCUGAGCUGCUCGCGGGACUCGGAUGUGCGUCUGUGGUGCCUGCGCUCGUGGCGCUGCCUGGUCGUCUAUACGUGCCACCAGACAGCCGUCAAUUGUGUGGUGUUUGAGCCGCUGGGCUUCUACUUUGCCACCGCCUCGGCGGAUGGCACGGCUCGUGUUUGGGCGCAGAGUGUCAAGAAGUCCGCACGCCUCUUCUCCGGCCACUUGGCCAGCGUGGAGGUGUGCCAGUUCCAUCCAAACAGAUACUAUUUGGCCACAGGUUCCGCGGACUGCACUGUGCGCAUCUGGGAGAUUGUGAGCGGCCAUCAGGUGCGUCUGCUGAGCGGCCACAAGGCGCGCGUCCAGUCGCUGGCCUUCUCCAAGUGCGGCCGCUUCCUCGCCUCUGGCGGCGCCGACAAUUUGGUCAUUCUGUGGGACAUGCCACGCGAGCGCAUGAUACGCUGCUUGAGCCACCACACGGCAGUCAUUGACUCCUGUGACUUUGAUAUGAACAACAAUCUGCUGGUGUUGCUGCUGCAGUCGUAUGAAAGCCACGAGGGAGCCAUCUGUAAGGUGUCCUUUACCAAUGCCAAUCUCCUGAUGGCCGUACGCCUGGAGUCGCACAAGAAGUGCUAA